UGCCUGGACCGAGAACCGAGAUGGGAACUCAGCGGUCAUAUCCCAUGGUCCACCGAGAAGAAAGUCUAUAAAGCGGCCAUGGUCGUCGGAAAGUUAGUACCAGGAGAGAAACAACGAGCCUCGUUCAGCACCACAAUCUUCAGAAUCCUCUUGCCUUCUCGAUAUCUCCCAAGAUGCACUUCAACCUCACCGCCCUUCUGGCCUUCGUAGGCAUGGUCAGCUCCAGCGCCAUCCCUCACUCCCACGAGGACUACGAGAGCUCUCCUGUCCCGAGGAGCAUUCUCGAGGCCCGCGACAGCUAUGAUUGCAAGGGCAGCAGCAUGUGCAGCAGUCUCAACGUUGCGGCUUGCGACGAUGCCGUCAACAGCAAAAUCAUCCGCAACGACGUCGUGAACUAUGGAGCUGAUGGGAGUGGGAGACCACAUGGGGGAGCCUGCUCGGCAAUCGCGUUUGGCUACGGCUGUGGUGUCUUCAUCCAGGGGCAGAAGAACUGCGCUCGGACGGGUAACCAGAUCUGGUGGGAUUACCAGGACAUUCGCAAGAACGGCUGCCAAAAAUGCGGUACCAAGCACUGGGGUGACGGGUGUAUGACAACCAUCAACUACGUCUCCGGUUGCUAAAUAUCAGAGCCGACAAGCUGUCUGUGAGGGCAGGAGCAGCAGGGCAUAGGGUGGCUCGAA